AUGCUUUGUCUACCUCUUCUGUAUUAUUUGAUAGAUAUCUUCUUAAACUUUAGCAACAUUCGAAAUAAAUAUUGAGACAUUUUAUAGCACUAGCAUUUGACCCCGCUCAGAGUACAAUCACUGGCGUAACUUCUGGAGAUAGCCUUGUUAUAAACCAGACUUAUACUAUCAUCGUCCAGGCCAAAGAUUCUGGAGGAAAUAAUAUUGCAACUGGAGGAGAAGAUAUCUAUGCUCGUAUUACAGAUCCAUGCACUCGAGGAGCCAAUAUGGCCUGAGUUACCUCUGCUUUCACUCAGAGUGCAGUUAAUGGUGGAGAGAAAGUUAUCAAGCUAGUUGACCUUGCAAAUGGAAGUUAUUCCAUUGGCUUCAACUUGAACCACAUUGGAGAUGCAACUAUCUCAGUUGUCAGGCCCGAGCAUCAAGAUAUUUCUGCAGAUUACUACAGUUCAGGGAGUAUUUCAGGACCCCCAGAUGAUUCUAAUACAACAGCAGAUAUUAACUUGAGCUGGGGAAAUGGUCAAGAUAUCACUCCUGGUAAUCAUGACAAUGUGGCAGCUCAGCUCACUGGCAAGCUUACUUCUUUUCAGUCUGGGACUUGUAGUUUAUCAUUACUCCAAGACGAUGGAGCAGAUUUUAAAAUUAAUGGAGUAGCAGAGAUCAGCAAUUAUGGAGUUCAGAUGUUUGGCACAACUAGUUUCAAUUAUGUUUUCAAUGCAUUCGAGACUUAUGACCUUGAAAUCGAUUGGAUAGAUAUACAGUACGGCGCUGCCUUGAGCCUCUCAUGGGAUUGUGGAAGUGGAAGCAUACUUAUUCCUCCUGAAAAUUAUGCAACUGCGAGUGAUGUAGGAAUUAGUCCUUUGCAAGUUUCUGCAGUUUGUCCUGAUAAAUACGAGCAAACUCCUUCAACCACUGACCAAUGCAGGCCAGUCUGUGGAGAUGGCUAUGUCAUCAGUCCUGAAAUCUGUGAUGACAACAACACGGUGAGUGGAGAUGGUUGCAGCUCUGACUGCACUUCUGUUGAAUCGAGAUGGAUCUGAUUAGGAGGAUCAAUCACUACAAAAAGCGUUUGAACUGAAUGUCCCCAAGGGUAUCACCAGAAUAAUCCAUCAAACCCAACCUCUUGAGUGACCCAGUGAGGUGAUGGAUACCAAGUUGGAACUGAAGUUUGAGAUGAUGGUAAUAAUGUAGAUGGAGAUGGCUGCAAGUCAGACUGCUCAGCAAUUGAAACAAGUUGGGCUUGAUCAGGAGGGUCAUCUGCAGCCAAAAGUGUCUGAACUGAAUGAACUCAAGGACUCUAUCAAAAUGAUCCUUCCAAUCCUACUGAAUGCAUAUCAAAAUGAGGUGAUGGAUACAGAUUAGGUUCGGAAGUUUGUGAUGAUGGUAACAUUAUUGAUGAUGAUGGCUGAUCUUAUGAUUGUACUGAAAUUGAAGUCGGUUGGAAAUGAGACACUUCUGUUCCAAAUAUAUGCACUCGAGAUUAUAAGUCAGUUCCAAUGAAUUCAAAUGAGAGAUCAAUUCAAGUUGCUACUUUAUGUGCUAUCCCUACCUUAGUCCUAAUGAACGUUAUUGGAGGAUCCUUUAGUAGUGCAUCGACCAAUUCUAUACUUUCUUCAAUAAACCAGCUCCAGUUGCUGAUUCUAUUCUUGCUGUGUGAAACUUUCAUCCCCCUCAGAGUGGUGACUUACCUCAGAACACUCACAGCAUCUUUGAUUGAUAUAGACAUUGACUGGAGCUUCAUCAUUGUCUUCAGGAAGAUUACUGAGUGGUUCGACUUUGCUCAGCCCAGAGAUGAUUUCGAUACCAUUGAAAUAAGUUCGGGGAGCGCACUUAUCAACCUGAACACUCUGGUCUGCAUGUUCAUCAUUUAUGUCAUCAUCCACUUCAUAUUGUGGGUCGCCAAGAAGUGAGUGGGUAAGUCUAAAUAAACUCUGAGCUCGAUUCAUCAAGAAAGCUUACAGAAGUUUCACAUUCCAAAUGUAUGUGGUCUUGAUCUUUGAAGGAUUCAUCAACCUGUGCUUGUGCUCGUUCUCGGAGCUAGAACGAUACAACGUCAACACAAAUGGGACUGAGCAUAAUUCAUUCUACUUCGCUGUGUUCUUUGCCUUAAUCUGUUCUGUGUCUAUAUUUACAGUUCUGGUAGUUUGGAUAUCUAUCAAGCCUUCAUCUUCAAACAUGAAGAAGUGUCUUCAGAGAGAACUUUAUGAUGGGAUCAAGCUCAACAGAUGAGCCAGACUACAGCCCAUAUUGUUUCUGGUCAGGAGAGUAGUUCUCUGAUUCAUGAUAACUUUUGGCAGAUCACUUGAUAGACUUAUGUUCAUGGGACUGUACACCUUGACUAAUCUGAUUCAUUGAGGGCUGAUCUGAUGCAUCAGGCCAUUCAAGAAUGCGUCAGAAAACAUUACAGAAAUAGGAAAUGAAAUGUUUAUUGUUACUUUCUGUUUGUUCUUGCUACUCAACCGCUCAGAAAAUGAUUGGAGUAGUGGCAAGGCAACUAUUUUCUAUUGGAUUUUUAUCUUGAACAAUGUCUUGUAUGCAGUGUUCUCCAUAAUGAUGUUCAUUUACACUCUCUGUGUUUGCAAAAAGAAGAAGAGGAAGGAUUUAGAUAUGAAGAUCAUGAAGAUCUCACCUAAGAAGACAAAAAAGAUUACUCUGAAUGUUUCUCGAUGUUUGCCUAGAUCAAAGAACCUCAGCGAUCUCCGUAGGUACAAAUACAGAGACGAAUUCAAUGGUGCAGGUCGUUUGAACUCUUCUGGCCCAGGUCCUAGCUGUUUGAAUCUUAAUAGAGAUAUAUAAACAUAGUUCAUAGUAACUGCGGAAGGAUUAACAGAUUUAGGAUACAAAAAUCUAUUCCUUAUCAGAUCUCUCUGCUUUCACAGACAUUUUGGUAA